CUGCGCUGAGCCGAGGCCUAGGAGGGAGGGGGGGGCUUGAGAACGAGGCAGUCGACGUUGAGAAAAGCGGGAACGUUCAGGCUGAGAACAAUGCCAAGCUGUUAGCUUUGAGGAGCAAUUGUGGAACGGAGAUACAUGUUACAACGACCUCAGAGCAAGCUGCGCAGGCAUCACAUGCUUGGGACGCACAGGAUAAACUGCAUCUGCAAGCACAUUACAAUCUACAGGAGUUGCUAAUCAUAUCAUAGUGCUGAGGCAGUCCUUCUUCUAGACUUGUGUUUACAAUGCAAUAGUUAGAGAAUGUAAAGGCAUGACAAAACUGCCUGGCAGUGGAACUGGGGGAAACCAAGGUUGAGUCAAGGCCCCGCACACGUCGCUACACCAUGCACGGUUGACGCCCCCGCUCCCCGAGCGCUCUUCCCCACUGCGCGAUGAACUCAAAAGAACAUCCCUGGCGGGCGGACUCGAUCGCCGAGUCCAUCGCCGGUGACCUUGAGGACUUGCUCGAGAUCGGCGACGCCCCCGAUGUUGCCGCCAAGCCCCUCCCCCCCCUCCCCCCGGGGGUCAGCCCCCGAGACGUCCUCCUUUUCCCUGGAAACAAGAUCUUUCAGGGGGUGGAUUCUCCGCUCACUCCCAUAUGGAUGAACGCGUCCCCCGGCACGCCGUCAUGGCUCAAGGGCGCGUUUCCGAGGACUCCGACGCCGCAGGGGGUCAGGGAGCUACUCAGGAGCCCAGCCUGGACGCUCUCCCCCCUCCGGAACUCGGUGCGCCGCGCGGCGCAGGCCGAGGGCCAGUUCGCUGAGGUCAUCAUCUCGCACAGCGCGCAGCGGGAGAAGCCGAUGAUGCCGCCGCACUGGCAGAGCCUGGACAUGCAGCGGGCGGCGGAGCCGGAAGCGGGGGGGGGAGGCGGAGCGCUCACAAACAACCGGCCGUUCUCAGUUCAGAGCGCCGAUUUGGCCGGGUUGCUGCCUACGGUGGUUCCAAUAUCGCAAGGGGGGCCGGAGCGCACCCUCCCCCCCCGGGCUGCAAAAGCGCAGCCUGCGGCUGUCCUUGCACAGCCUGCAAAACCAGAGGUGGAGGUCCGGCCACCCCAAGGGGGGGUACAUAUUGUGGAGCAGCCCCAUCCGCGUUCGGGGGGGGCGGCUUUGUUGCUCGAGCGGGAUUCGGCGCUGCUCAAGGGCUGGGCGGCUCAGUCCGCUGGAACAACUAGUAGCGGGAGGAGAUUGGACCGGGCGGACUCGGGCAUGACCGUGUCGUCGAAUCGGCUGUCGGGCGACCGGAGCGGGGCAAAGACGCCCAUUUCUCAACCGAGAAAACACCACACAACGGAGGAAGUGAGGCGGUCGGCGGAGGGGGGGGGCGCGGAGGAUCCGCGGGGGAGCAUUCUGAAGCGGCGCGCGUUCAAGCCGUUGACAUCUCUGGUAACAAAGAGCCCCCGGGCCGAAAAUAAUAAGGCGGGGCCGCACAGGAAACGGGGGUUUGCAGCACAAGAUGCUGGAGAAGAGGCGGCAGGAGAAGGUGGGGAAAACCUGGAAGAAGACGAGCAGAUGCCGGAUGUGCAAUUAGCAGGGCUCGUCCCCGCCAACAGUCCGUUUGGCCCCCCGGCCUUGCUUCCCCCUUGGGACGCCACGUCUCCGACGACCCUCCUCGACGGAACGAGCAUUUUGUCCGUCAUCAGCGAGCUCAAUCAAGCCCGGCAAGCUCGCGAUGCGAUUGCGGCAACCGCGCUUUCCCCCCCCUUCGCUCUAGUUGUCCCCACCACCCCCGCUGCCAGCAUGUCCGUUUUUGGGGCAAUCGGCGGGUCCAAGAGCGUUGUCGCUAACCCCGGUCUGGUUAGUGCAAACCCUGUGCUUCUCAGUGCAAACCCACCCCCACACAUAGGAAAGACUGGUGUAGUAGCUUCAGCAGCAAAGCCCGGAGCCGGUAAUGCUCCCCCUCUCCCAGAGGGCCUUAGCAGCAAUAGGUUAGACCAGGUUUACUUAGGUGGUACCGCAAACCCGAGCCCGCUUAACCCGCUCGGCGCGCAGCUAGCAACCACCCCCGCCUCUAGCACGGGGGCCCCGACUGCUGACGACCUGGCAGAUCUCGAGGCGUUUCUUCAGGACUCAAUCGGGGGAGAAGUUCCCUCCCCUAGUUCUCCGCUCCUUCCUGGGUUUGGAGGGGGGGUAACCGUGCCUCUGGGAAGUCUGUUGACCGACCUUGGCGUUGCGGGGAAAUCGGCCGAGACGCUCGGAGAUUCUUCCUGGGAGUCCAUCUUUGGCAACGCGCAGGCUUGGCAGUCAGUUGCGGAACCUUCCGCCGAUGCGGGGGGGUCCAGCAAGGGCGGAGCCGCACCCCCCGAAAAUGAGAAUCCCGCCAGGACAGGGGACCGGAAAGGCGAGGCCACUGUUUCGACACAGGGAGGCGCUCAGAGGCUCGAACGGGAGUUGUCGUUUCGGCAGAAGGGAGAGCCGCCGCCGGUUUCGCCGGAGGGCGCCGCGGUAAAUCUGGCGUGGCUGGGCGAGUGGCAGCAUCAAGACGCGGCCGUGUCACCGACGCACUCGGACUACGUCAGCUUUACGAUUUGCGGGAACUCGUUCGAAAUUCCCGCGAAGUUCAAGCCGGGCAAGCUGGUGGGGCGGAGCCAGCAAGGAGACGUCUGCGCCGCAAUCUUGGCGGACUGUGGGGAGGAGUUUGCGAUCCGGAAGAUCAGCGACGCGUUUCGAGACGGGGCGGAAGCUCGGCGCACGCUGCGCGAGAUCCGACUGCUGCAACACCUGAAGCACGACAAUAUCGUCGCAAUGAAAGGCGUGCUGCCCCCUCCUAGCCUGCGCAACUUCCGGGACGUGUACAUCGCCUUCGAGCUCAUGGACUCGGAUCUCUUCCACCUUCUUGCCAGCGAGGAGCCGCUCAGUGAGAGCCACUGCCAGUUCUUUCUGUACCAGCUGCUGCGGGGUCUUAAGUACCUCCACUCCGCUAACGUGCUGCACCGGGAUUUGAAGCCGAGCAGCAUUCUCGUGAACGCGGCCUGCGAUCUAAAGGUCUGCGACUUUGGCGCUGCACGGCCGAUCUUUGGCGCCCAAUGGGGCGACGAGGGCGCGAGCGAAGUGGUGGCAACGCGGUGGUACCGGCCCCCCGAGUUGCUGCUGGCGUGCAGUCAGACGACGCCAGCUGUCGACGUGUGGAGCGCGGGGUGCGUCCUGGCGGAGCUGCUGCUCAAGCGGCCGUUGUUUCCGGGGGUGGAUGCGCUUCACCAACUCAAUCUGAUUCUCGAGGUGCUGGGCUCGCCCUCGGACGCGGAGCUCGCGUUUGUGACGAGCGCCAACGCGCGCGCUUUCAUGCGGUCGCUGCCGCGGCGCCAGAAGGUAUCGUGGGCGUCCAUCGUCCCCGAGGGGUCCGAAAAGGCGCUCGACUUACUGGACCGGAUGCUCACGUUCGAUCCCGGGAGGAGGAUUACCGUCGACGCCGCGCUCGCCCACCCGUACCUGGAGCAUCUGCACGACCCAAAAGACGUUCCCGUCGCGCCGCAGGCGUUCUUGUACUCGGACAAACUUCCCAGCCCUGCGGGGCCCGGGAAGCAGGCUUUGAGCAUCGCUGAAAUCCAGACUACUUUGUACAAUGAGUCAGUGUCAUCCUGGCGCUAGCUUCGCCAAGGGCUGCCCCGCUGCGGCUGCAGUUGUCCGGGCCGGCAGAAUAGGAGUCCGUGUGCCACGGGCAGAUAAGGUUUUCUCUUGCCUUCCAAACACUUGAACGGAUUCACUAGCAAUUCCACUGGCCUACAAACAGUCGAAACUCGUCAUGCUGGAGCCCCGCUAUUGCAGAGGAUGGGUUUGCUUAUAGAUUGCUCCGGGGCAUUGUUGACGCCAAAGGACUGUAAGAGGAGCUUAGAGCGCAGCUUGCAUGAGCAUCGAGUUGUUAAAGAUUUGUGGAAGUCAGUCAGUAAUAUUAUCAUUUACAGCUGUCAAACACAGCGCGCUUGUAGUACUGUAAGGCAAGGGUUAAGAAAAGCUUGGUCAGGAGGUUCCUUGUCACGGUCUACUAUCGGAAAGUUUGGUUGCAUGAUCGGUGCCAUGUCAGUAACUCAGUGCUCCUAGCGCAGCUUUCAAGCUAGUCUUAGUAUGGUGUGCAUCAGAAUUGAUUGUAUCUGUACCCGAGCAAUCGUACGCUGUAGUAUUCCGACUUGGUUGUUGUCAUUGUGUCACAUUGAAGCUAGUGCCUGCGGAU